AUGGCCGACGCUCUGAAAGCAGAGGGAAACAAGGCGUUUGCGGCCAAGGACUUUACCACAGCUGUUGAGAAGUUCUCUGCAGCAAUCGAGCUCGAUCCAAGCAACCAUGUCCUUUACUCGAACCGCUCUGGAGCCUAUGCCUCGCUGAAGGACUUCGACAAGGCGCUUGAAGACGCAAACAAGACGACGGAGCUGAAGGCUGACUGGCCCAAGGGAUGGGGCCGUAAGGGAGCUGCUUUGCAUGGACAGGGAGAUUUAUUGGGCGCUCACGAUGCUUAUGAAGAAGCCUUGAAGCUCGACUCAAACAAUGCGCAGGCCAAGGCUGGACUUGAGUCGGUGAAGCGUGCUAUUGAUGCGGAAGCCAGAGCGGAUGGUGUCUCCGGAGAUCCUACUGCCGGACUAGGGAACAUGUUCCAGGAUCCCCAGUUGAUACAGAAGCUGGCCAACAACCCAAAGACGGCCCCUCUCCUUGCAGACUCCGAAUUCAUGGCCAAGCUGCAGAAGCUGGCGAAGAACCCCAGUGCCGUUGGCGAUGAGAUGAGAGAUCCACGUUUCCUGCAGGUAAUGGGUGUUCUGCUUGGUGUUGAUAUGUCCUUUGGUGCCCCUCCGGAGGCUGGCGGUGCUGCUGGUCGGGAAACCGAAGCGGAAGAGGAUGUGGAAAUGCCUGAUGCACGCCCCUCUGCCCAGAAGGCUCCUGAGCCAGAGCCAGAGCCAGAGCCGGAGGAUGAGGAGACGAUCGCAAAGAAGAAGGCCAAGGCUGAGGCCGAUGAGGAAAAGAAGCUAGGUACAGAAAACUACAAGAAGAGGCAGUUUGAUGCGGCAAUCGAACAUUACAGCAAGGCGUGGGAAAUAUAUCACGACAUCACCUACCUGACAAAUCUCAGUGCGGCCCAAUUUGAGAAGGGAGACUACAAGGAUGCCAUUGCGACCUGCGAGAAGGCCGUCACCGAAGGCCGUGAGAUGCUGGCUGAUUUCAAGAUUAUUGCAAAGGCCUUUGGACGAAUUGGAUCUUCAUAUGAGAAGCUUGGAGACCUGGCCACUGCCAUUUCCAACUACCAAAAGUCGCUGACAGAACACCGCACUCCAGAGAUUCUUGCCAAGCUCCGCGCUGCAGAGAAGGCCAAAAUCAAAGCCGAAAAGGAGGCCUACCUUGAUCCGGAGGAGGCCGAAAAGGCCCGCGAGCUUGGUAACAAGAAGUUCAAAGAAGCGGACUGGCCUGGUGCCGUCGAGGCCUACACCGAGAUGACCAAGCGCGCUCCAGACGACCAUCGUGGAUAUAGCAAUCGUGCAGCAGCCCUGAUCAAGCUGAUGGCGUUCCCCCAGGCUGUCCAGGACUGUGACGAGGCGAUCAAGCGGGACCCCAAGUUCAUCCGGGCCUACCUGCGAAAAGCGCAGGCCCUGUUUGCCAUGAAGGAGUACAACAAGUGUCUGGAUGUAUGCACCGAGGCAUCCGAACACGACGAGAACGGCGCCAAUCAGCGCGAGAUCGAGCAGCAGCAGCAGAAGGCUCUUGAGGCUCAGUUCAGCGCCCGUGCCGGUGAGACUGAGGCUGAAACUGCGGAGAGAAUCCAGCGAGACCCCGAGAUUAUGUCAAUUGUGCAGGAUCCUGUGAUGCAGGCCAUCCUCCAGCAAGCUCGUAACGACCCAGCAGCUCUCCGCGAGCACAUGAAGAACGCGACUGUCCGUACGAAGAUCCAGAAGCUGAUAGCAGCCGGAGUGAUCAGGACGGGAUGA